GUGACUCGGUCCCAUUCAGUCAAUCUCACGACACUGGCGAAGCUGUUCGGCAUGAUGGCUUCGGCCAUAGGCAUUACUCCCUGGGCUCGACUAUACUCACGACCACUUCAAUGGGUGCUUCUCUGUUUCCAGAAGGAAAUUGCACUACGUUCCCACCGUUAUGUUCUUCUCUCACAGCAGACUAGACAAUCUCUUCUAUGGUGGAUGGAUCUACACAACCUCACAAAGGGAGUUCCUCUCCAGGAACCUCCACGAUCCGUCAUCAACACCGACGCGAGUCUAUCAGGAUGGGGAGCUCAUUACCAGGGGCAGGAUAUCCAGGGCUGUUGGUCCUUCCAAGAGUCCAGGAAAAGCAUCAACUGGUUGGAGCUCAGGGCGGCACACCUAGCCCUGCGUCACUUUGCGAGCAAGAUCGAUUUACCAGACGUCUUGAUUCGCACGGACAAUACCGCGACUCAGGCUCAUUUGAACAAGCAAGGAGGGAUCCGGUCACGAAGCCUGCAUCUGGAAGCAGUGACAAUGCUAUCGUGGGCGGAACACCAUGUCACGUCAAUCAAGUCAGAAUACAUCCAGGGCCAUCUGAAUGUGACGGCCGAUUGGCUGAGCCGCCAGCAGUUGUUUCCCGGGGAAUGGUCCCUCAACUGAGCAGUCUUUCUCUCUCUUCAAUCCCAGUUCGGCGAAUUCAAAGUAGACCUGUUUGCAUCCGAGUCGAACCACCAGACUCGUCGCUUCUUUUCACGCUACCUCAGCCAUGGGGCAGAGCAACAGGAUGCUCUAGCGGCAACGUGGCCGACCGGGCUACUCUAUGGAUUCCCCCCAACUCUGCUGCUCUCCAGAGUAUUAAAAAAGAUAAGAUCAGAAAGGGCUCAUGUCGUGUUGGUGGCACCGUAUUGGCCAAGACGUCCGUGGUUUUCAGACAUCAUUCAACUGUCUCAGACACCACCCAUUCGACUUUUUUCAUGUCCCGAUCUGCUCCAUCAAGGCCCUCUUCUCCAUCCAGACCCACAAUGGCCUGGGAAUUGAACGCAGCAGAUUGUUAACAUCAGGCAUAUCCCCAGCAGUUGUGUGUACCAUACUGGCAUCUAGGAGGCCUUCCACCAUUCGUAGCUACCAAGGUACCUGGAAGGCAUUCUCAACUUGGUGCUCUAAGUCGAACAUUAAUCCAGAAAGAGCAGAGGUACCCGACGUGCUACGCUUUCUGCAAGACGGGCUUCAAAUGGGCAUACGUCCCAAUACGUUGAAAAGACAAGCAUCAGCCUUAACUUCUGUUUUACAAGUCCAGGGAGCUCCCUCCUUAGCCUCUCACGAACUCGUGAAGAGGUUUCUCCGUGGAGCUACAACUCUUAGUCCACCAGUCAAACAUCAUUUUCCGAUGUGGAACUUGCACACAGUGCUCUCGGCAUUACAAAAACCACCAUUUGAGCCUCUAAGUUCUUCAUCAUUAAGAAUACUUUCAUUCAAAAUAAUUUUUCUAAUUGCUAUAACAACAGCGCGCAAAAUUUCAGAGUUGCAGGCACUCUCUGUCGACAAGCACUUGUGUGUUUUCCAUAAAGAUAGGGUUGUUCUACGUACUAACCCAACCUUUAUACCCAAAGUUAACUCUCCUUUCCAUUCUCAACAGGACAUUAUACUACCUUCUUUCUGUCCUCACCCUACUCAUCCUCGAGAGAGGGCAUGGCACUCCCUUGAUGUCAGAAGGGCACUAAAAAUAUAUAUAAAUAGAACUAGGCCCUUCAGGAGGUCUUUGUUCAUUUCCUUCCAUCCGGCCACAUUGGGACAAAAGGUGUCUGUGGCGACUUUGGCACAAUGGAUUAAGGCUUGUAUAUCCUUGGCCUACGAAACACUUCAUUUGACCUCUCCUUUACACAUCACUGCACAUUCCACCAGAUCGGCGGCUACAUCGGCGGCAUUUUCCACAAAUGCUCCAAUAGCCGAUAUUUGUAGAGAGGCCACCUGGUUCUCUCCUACCACGUUCACAAGGCACUACAAAAUAGACCUAUACGCCUCAGCCGAGGCUUCAUUUGGACGCAGGGUCCUGCAACAGGUCCUGCCUUCGUCUAUCCCACCCUAGGUCUUAAGCUUUGUUACGUCCCACUUGGAGACCUCUGUCAUCCAUGAGAGAAGGAACAGUUUGUUCUUACCGUAAACGGUGUUUCUUCAUGGAUGACAUGAGGUCUCCAAGGCUCCACCCACUCUAUAAUUAAGGGUUGGGACUGCGUCAAGGAGUGCCAUGAGUUCUGUAUCCUUUAGUUUGCACCAGCUAACAUUGUUUGGUUCGUUUAACUAAUUCUGAGCACAUUGCUCACAUUCUGUCUGUUAUACUGUUCAUUUUUAUUUAUUCGCUGAGGCUGAUGUCAAAGCUAGCCAAGAAAAGAAAACUGAGCCUCAGCAACCGGAGAGGAGCAAAAAUUCGCUGAAGCGUUUCCUGUCUCUGGGCUGUAGGAGGAGCUAUAUUACCCACUUGGAGACCUCAUGUCAUCCAUGAAGAAACACCGUUUACGGAAGACACACUGGUGCUAAGACUUACCCUUCCUGCCUGCUGAAAGUCAGCUCUCCAUUUCACAAAUGGUUAGAGAGAGUGCUUCUUUCCUUCUGUCCAAGGCUCUCACACCCCUCUGAUGGCACAAACUGGAUGUUUGUAGGGCUCUUAAAAUUUAAAAUUUACAUCAAUAGGACAGAGCCAGUUAGAAAGCAUUAGUUAUUCGUAUUAUUUUUGUACUGUCAACAUCUUUGAUAUUUGCAGAUGUUCAUGCAUUUUUAAAUUAUAUUCCUGUAGUAUGGGGGUUAACAGCAGGACAAAAACAGUGGAUUUUGUGAGCCAUUAUGUUAGCUAAGGGACUUAUACUUUGAGCCUGGAAGGAUAAAUACCCACCAUCUAUUGCACUGUGGGACUGAGGACCUCACUGCCCUAGCUGCACUGGAACAUAUUUCAAACAGAUGUCAAUUUCGAGUGGAUACCUAUUUGAACAUCUGCAGAGCUUAUAUUUGUUUAUAUACUGAACUGAAGAUGAAUGUACUGAUGGUUAUUAUAUUUUAUUUAUUUAUUAUAUGUGUAAUGUAAACCGAUGGUGAUUUACAGUUAGUAGUAGUAGUAUUCAUAUAUGUUUUUCUUUGUUUUUAAUUUUUGUAUCUUUCAUAUUUUUAUUUUAUUUCAUUCUUUGU